AUGUCUGGUAACAGCGAAUCACCAGAGUCACGUCCAUCGAUAAAUAAAAGCGAAGCAAGGGAUGCCUUAGCUAAAGUAUAUAACUAUGACUGUGAAUGUAUAAACAGUAGCAUAACAACUGAACUUGAAGGUAUUAAAUUAGACAUAGCAAUUUUGGAAGGCAAAUUAUUACCCGAAGUAAUUUCCCAAAAUGCUUCGAACACUAACUUACUUAAAGCUAAACAAGAAAAUAUGGAAGCCAUUAUAAAGCAUCAAGAAGAAAUGAUUCAUAAACUUAGCGAGGAAAAUUCAGUUUUUAAAUCGACACUUGUGUCCCUUGAAAAUCUAGUAUUUAGAUUAACAGGUAAUAACCAGGAGAACAAUGAUCGUGGGCCGGCAACUAAUUCAAUUAAUACUCCAAGCGUAACGACACCCAUUAGCAGUGUGAAACUGCAUAAUUUAAACACAAACAAUCCAAGUCCAAUUAAUAGUCCAUCAGCAGUCAAAACGCCACUUAAUAUGAAUGGCAAUAAUGCAAGCCCAAUCGCCAGAAACGAUCUUGGUCCUACGAUAAAUACAACCAACAUCUCAACCGGAAGAUCAUCCUGUAACAGCGUACAACUGGAUAAUCUGGAAUUAAAUGAUGCAAAUCAAAGUAUCAUUGAAAUCCCAUCGACUACAUCUAAAAAAAACAGCUAA